UCUCUUCCGCAGAUCCCGAAAUCCCAUUCAUGGACGGCGAAUCAACCAUGGCAGGAGCGCCGCAAUCAGGAGAAGGAUCGAGUUCGCGAUCGUCCUCUUUUGAGAAGGGCUCGCAGGAGUAUCGUUUGACGGUGCUGGAGCCUGAGCAUCAUGACGACUCCGACAGCAGCCAGCUGGUUGUGAUUGGGCGGGAAAGCUCCGACCUGCGGCCCGAUGCCGCCACGAGGGAGCCUCUGCUACCAACUUCAUCCCCGAUUCCAAGUCAGAAUCGUCCCCAAGAGCUCGGGAAAUUCUCAUGUUCCUUCUCUGGCAUCCGUACCUGGAUCAAAGGUCCAGUCCCGCCAGUUGAGUACAGAAUCACUCCAUGGCUAGCCCGCUGGCAGACGGCCCCGAGCCGUUACAUUGAGCGUCUCCUUCCGAGCACCCGCGCCAGAGUCUCGCUUCUGGUGGCUGGUAUCGCCCUGUGGGGAGUGGUGUUUUUGACCAUCCUGCACUAUUCGAUUACUGGGCAAGAGAUUCCUGGAUAUGGAACUCCAGUCAAGCUAUCGUGUCAUGCACGACUAUGGUAUAAUUCCACAGAGUGUGGUCUCGACGGAGAGGCCUGCCGUCCGUUUGAUAACGGUGGCUUUGCCUUUCGCUGCCCCGCUAGCUGUGCGGAUGCGAUUCUGCUCGAACCGUAUGUUGUCGGACCUGCAGAGUACAACUAUCGUUCGCUAGUCAUCGGAGGAUCCCUCCAGGACAAUUCCACUGCAGACAUAUCAGCUAGCUUUGGAAACAUAGGCAUCUACCGCGGCGACUCGGCCAUCUGCCCUGCGGCACUUCACGCCGGCCUAAUCAGCAGCCAAACCGGCGGCUGCGGCGUGCUCCGCCGCACAGGCGAGCAUAACGACUACCCAUCCGUCUCCAAGAACGGGGUCACGAGCAUCGGCUUCGCAUCCUCCUUCCCGCUCUCCUUCACCUUCAACACCGACUCAUCCGAAAGAACCAGCUGUCGUGACCAGCGCUGGCCGCUCUUCACCUUCUCGCUCAUCACCACCACCCUCCUUUCCCUCUGCACCACCUCCUCCGCGGGCUUCUUCGCCUCCGUCUACUUCAUCGUCUACUUCCAAGUCGCCCUCUCCUCGGACCCCCCGUACUCCCCCGACUACCUGGAGAUCGUCUCCACAGCCCUGGGCCGCUUCCUCCCGUGCGCCAUCGUCGGCUGGGCAAUCUACCACUUCGCCGUGCGGCGCACACUGGCCCACAACCUCCCCGCGCGCUGGGAUCAGACCGUCCUCUGGCUGGGCCCCUGCUGGGUCGGCGCCCUCAACACCGACACCUUUGACAAGAUCCCGAUCUCGCGCCUCACGCCGCACGACCUGCAGCAGCAGCCCGGCGCCAUCCCCGCGCUGCUCAUCAUCGUCGCCUGCCUGGUGCUCAUCGUCCUCACCCAGGCCCUGGCCUUCCGGAAUGAAGGCCGCCUCCCGCAGAUGCUGACCGUGUAUGGUGUCUUCGUCGCCGGCAUCGCCUUGCUCCUCUCCGUGCCCCACAUGAACCUCCGCAUCCACCACUACAUCCUCAGCCUCCUGUUCCUGCCGGGCACCACCCUGCAGACCCGCCCCUGUCUCGUGUACCAGGGCCUGCUGGUUGGGCUGUUCGUCAACGGCAUCGCGCGCUGGGGCUUCGAUUCCAUCCUGCAGACAGGCGCCGCGCUGCUCGAGGGCGCCCAGCUGGGCAGUGUGCUGCCCGUCGUCGGGACGCCGGUUGUGCUGGGCGUCAGCCACAUCGCUUUCGCUGUCGGCAGGGACGCGCUGAUGAACGGCACCCGCGGGCCGUUGGCGGGAGAUGGGGUGAGUGUUUUGGUCAACGAUGUCGAGCGGUACAGAGGCUUUUGGUCGGAUUUGGUUCCCGGUGCCGGUGAUGUUGUUGUUGAUGGUGGUAAUGAUACGGUCGCUGCUGCUGGUGUUGCUGCUGCUGGGGAGGGAUUGUUCAAUUGGACGAGGCAGACAGACGGCGAGGAUGAAUAUUUCCGAUUCGCGUUUGUGCGCUUGAAUGCCUUGGGUGGGUUCUGGUAUGAGGAUUUCACGAAGCCUGGGAUUUGGACGAGGGAGGGGGACUGGGUGGGGUGGGAGGAGGUUGAGAAAGAUACGGUUGGUGACGGUGCAGGUGAUAAUGGUGGGGAGAGGUGA